AUGGAUCGUGUUAGAGAAAUUUGGAGAACAAUUCUUACUCGAAUAAUAAGGUCCGUUCCAUUCUUGGCCGCAAGAACAAGGGAAAACGACAACUCCGAACCGCAAGGCGGCGACCGCCAAAAUCAGUUAGGACAAGAAGAACAAGCCGACGAACAACUUCAGAUAGGAGUCGAGGAAGAAGUGGAACUUGAAGUCUUCCAGCGGAACGAUCCGCGAAGACAGAAACCACACGGAGCAACGGACGACUCAGAAGGACCAACGCUCUCAUUUAAAGUGAAGCAGUACUGUCUGGCUCGCCAUGUUUUCAAUAUCCAAAAGCGUCCAAUUGCUACGGAUAAGCUGUUCAAAUCAUCUCCAUUAGUUGUAAUGAAUGGAUUUGGAGACGGAGAGAAGAAGCAUCUCUCGUUAGUUCAAACUUUCAUUCAGAAUAUGUUCCCUUCGAUCAAUGUUGAUACGCUCCAAAUUGGAAGUCUGAAACGUUGUUUGAUCGUCAGUUACGACGAGGAAACUGAUGAAAUCAGUAUGAGACACUACGCCAUCCGUGUCGUCGCAUCAGGUCUCAAUAAAUCAGUGAGAAAGCUAGUGCAAGCGGAGAAAACGAUGGGAAAGAAUAUUCCAAAUUUGAGUACCUACAAAGAUAUUAGUGAUUACUUUUUGAAUCCUGGUCAAUUGAGUGAUUCUGAAUUCGAAGGAGAUCAACAAGAAGUGGAACUUCCGCAAAGUAUUUCUGAGCAAAGUGGCUGCGGUGCAGGUCAGAAAAGUAACGUCCGUCUGCAUGAAAUUGGACCCCGAUUGACGUUGGAACUGACGAAAAUUGAGGAAGGAAUCGAUGAGGGAGAGGUUCUUUAUCACAAGCAUCACGCAAAGACUCCUGAUGAGUUGAUCAAGUUGAGAGCUCAUAUGGAAAAAAAGAAACAAAUGAAGAAGCGUCGUGAACAGGAAAGCGAGCAAAGAGUUAUUCGUCGAUUGACGAUUGCUAAAGAACAACAAGAUGCUGAGGAGGCAGAAGAGAAGGCGAUUCGGGAGACUGCUGCACGUAGACAAGCUGCCGCCACCGGACAAGUUGAAGAAGUUGAGAAUGAGAAGGAGAAGGAUAGAGAGAUCGCCAUGAAUCGGGAACGAGAUCUGAAACGCGCCAACGAGGAAUGGGGAACCACUGAUAAUCCAAAGAGAGGAAGAUAUGAAGAUGGACGUGGAAGAGGUCGAGGUGCUGGAUUCAGAGGAAGAGGUGACGAGGGUAGUUAUCGUGGUCGUAGUGGAAGUGGAGAUCGAGGAGAAUCCAGUGGAGUUUACCGUGGAAGAAAAGAUGACAGUAAUGGAUACAGAGAGAGGAGUAUGGAUCGUGGAGGCUUCCUAGGACGAGGUGGCGACCGUGGAGGAUUCCGAGGUGGAGAUCGCGGCGGAUUCAGAGGUUCUCCGUAUCCAACACUUGUCAGAAUCGCUGGAACACUCGAAGAGGAUCCACGAUUCCAGGCGGCACAUCCAGAUCGUUAA